CGUAUCCAGAGCAGUAUAGUCUCUCUAAGACACAAAAAGUACAAAAAUGGUUGUAAAUAAAGAAAUCAAGUAUUUCACGAUUGAAGAAAUAGCCAAACAUAAUGGUAAACAAGAUUCCAGAGUAUGGAUUAUUAUCAAAGACAAUGUAUACGAUGUAACUGAUUAUAUGGAAGGACAUCCUGGUGGUGCCGAUCUAAUAAUGGAAUGGGCAGGUAAAAACGCAACAAAAGAUUUUGAUAACUUCGGUCAUUCAUCAGACGCCAAACGAGAUCUGAAGAAACUAAAAAUUGGUGAAGUUGCUGUAGAGGACCGUAAAAAGAAAGCCACUAAAGAACCAAAAGUUGAAUCUACCAAGGUAACUAGUACAAACGAUACUAAACUGUACAAUGUCAGUGAAGUUUCAAUGUACGAUGGCAUACAAGAUACUAGGACCUGGAUUAUUAUAAAGAAUUGUGUAUAUGAUGUAACUGAAUAUAUGGAAGAACAUCCUGGAAGUGCAGAUGUAAUAAGAGAGUAUGCAGGAAAAGACGCAACAAAGGCUUUUGAUAAUAUUGGACAUUCCAGUGAUGCUAAACAAAUCCUUAAGAAACUAAAAAUUGGUGAAAUUCCCAAAGACGACAAAAAGAAGAAUUCCGACAAAAUUACUCCAAAUCACCAAGAAAACAAAGAAAAUAUAAAGAACAAAGAAGCAGACACGAAACUAUAUUCUUAUGAAGAAAUUUCAAGGCAUAACGGAAAAGAUGAUCCCAGGGUAUGGAUAGUUAUUAGGGAUAUUGUAUACGAUGUCACUGACUAUCUUGAAGAACAUCCAGGGGGAGCGGAAUUAAUAACAGAAUGGGCCGGCAAAGACGCCACAAAAGAUUUUGAUAAUUUUGGACAUUCCGCCGACGCCAAAAAUAAGCUAAAGAAGUUGAAGAUUGGAGAAGUCGUAAACGAAGAAAGAAAGAAGAAAGUUAAGAAAGUUGAACUAAAUAGGCAGAUAUCCAUUCAAAAAAUUAAAAUUCUUGACUCUUCCGAGUUUGUUAGUAGAAAAAGUUGCAUUUCAAUAUUAACUUGUGGCAUAUUUUUUUAAUUUGAUUUUUUUGUAAAAAGUCAAUUUUUAAACUGGUAAUCUCAAUAUUUUAUAAUUUAUUUAUGAUAUUUAUAUCUAGGUAUAUUUUUUAUAUUAAGUUUGUUUUAUUAUUUUGUACCAAAAUAAAAAUAGAUGAACAUUUUA